UACUGGGAAGCAGAUCUUUGACCGUAGAUGUGUCUUGCCUUAGUGUCGGUCCGGCUAUUCAACUGCAGAUUCUUAAUUCGCGUAAAGGGAGCUUUAAACAUUGCUAAUUGCCGUGCAAUGAUAAUACGGACUUGUAGCAAUCUGUACGUGAAAACGCAGUUAAUCCGACAGCGGAGUACGUUUUCGGCUCUUUUAGACGAAAGCUGGCAGUCAGGCGCCGUCCUCAAGUCUCUGUCCACCAACAUAUACGAAAAUCUGGCUUUAGAGGACUGGAUACAGGAGCACGUGGAUCUGGAGAGCCGGAGCCUUUUGCUCCUAUGGAGGAACAUGCCGGCCGCCGUCAUCGGGAGGCACCAGAACCCCUGGCAAGAGUGCCACCUCGGGCUGAUGAGGGAGAAGGGGAUCCCGCUGGCCAGGCGGCGCAGCGGCGGUGGCGCUGUCUACCACGACCUUGGCAACAUCAACAUGACCUUCUUCACGUCCAAGAAGCAGUACGACAGACAGAGAAACCUGCGCAUCGUGACUUCGGCUUUGGCGGAGCUGCGGCCGGCCUUGGACGUACGCGCUACGGAGAGGUUUGACAUUUUGCUUAACGAGCAGUUUAAAAUAUCCGGGAGCGCCGCUAGGUUGGGCAGGACAGUCGCGUACCACCACUGCACCUUGCUAUGCGCAGCGGACCGGUCUUUGCUAAGCGGAGUAUUAAAGAGCACCUGUCAGGGGAUCAAGAGCAACGCUACACCAAGUGUUCCUUCCCCUGUGAAAAACCUCGCCGACGAAGACCCCACCCUGGACUGCGAGAUCAUAAUGGAUGCCGUGGCCAACCGCUACAUUAGAGAUUUUGGGUUGAAUGGCCCCCUGAUUUUGAUUAACCCCACAGAAGAACUCCGCCAUCCCGGUAUCCACAGACUGACACAAGAACUUCAGACAUGGGACUGGGUGUUCGGAAAGACACCGAAGUUUACGAUUGACACUUGUUUUGACAUCCCGCAUGAGGCAGUGAGGUCAAAGGUCAUCCUUAACAUGGAGGUGAAGUACGGCAUUAUAGAGAAGUGCAGGUUCGAGGUUCCUUCAGCUUGGCUCCCCCUUCACAUGUGUGAGGAGUUCAACACACUUCUGGUUGGCAGUAGGUUCUGUCCCAGUGACACUGCAGCACUUUUUGUGGCUGUUUCCAGGGCGAAUCCCCAGACCUGUGACCUACAAGCCAAACUGAACUUUUUGUGUACCAAGCUUACUGCUGUAAUGUAAUAUAAUACAAAGAAAAAUACAUACUAAC